CUUCUAUUAAGACGCCGACAAUCCUUAAAUUUUCCCAAUUUAGGGUGCACUUUGCCGAAUCAAUAUUUUUUUGAUCACACAUUCUGGUUUUGAUUGUAUUUUUUUCUCUUGUCUAUUCUAUCUCUCUUCGAAUUUCACCUAGCAUUUCAGGUGUUCAUGAAAUGGAGGAAUCACAACCGAUGUUUGAAAUGGGGCAAAGAGUUCAUUCAGUGGGAGACACCCGAAGAAUUGGAACAGUUAAGUAUAUAGGGCCUGUAGAAGGCUAUUCUGGAACCUGGGUUGGUGUUGAUUGGGAUAAUGGUGAUGGAAAACAUGAUGGUUCUGUCAAUGGAGUUCGAUAUUUUCAAGCUACAUUGGAGAAAUCUGCUUCUUUUGUUCGACCCCAAAAUUUGUCUUCUGGUAUUACAUUCUUGGAAGCUCUUAUGGUUCGAUAUCAAGGCCAAACUACAAAAGAAGAGGAAGAUGAAAUGUAUGUCCUCUCUGCAAGUAAUAAAAAGGUGUCCAUUCAGCUUAUUGGGAAGGACAAAAUUCAAAAUAAGUUAAAUCAUUUUGAAGAGCUAUGUAGUGCCUCGUUAGCUUAUCUUGGGGUUAGCUCUGCUGGAAAUCCUUCUCAAAUAAGUUCCUUAGUACCUAACCUGAAGGAGCUCGAUUUGACUGGAAAUUUGAUUUUCAAUUGGAAGGAGAUUGCUGCUGUCUGUCAAGAGCUACCAGCACUUUCAGCAUUAAAUUUGUCUAACAACAUGAUGUCUCUGGAUGUGUCAUGCCUGUGUGUUCUAAAAACUAUCCGUAUUUUGGUGCUGAAUUAUACUGGUGUAAAUUGGAAACAGGUUGAAUUGCUCAAAGAUUGCUUACCAUCUCUGGAAGAAUUGCAUCUGAUGGGGAACAAAAUCAGUGAAAUUACGCCAGCUUCAAAUUUUGUUCAAGGUUUUUCUUCUUUGCGGAUUUUGAAUUUGGACGAAAAUUGUAUAUCCGAUUGGAGUGAAGUGUUGAAGCUAUCGACCCUAACUAGCUUGGAGCAGCUUCAUUUAAGCAAAAACAAUAUAAGUCAAGUUUUCUACCCUCUUACUGAGUCAAAUAAUGAAGCCAGCAGCAAUGGAGCCUUUCAAAAUUUACAUUGCCUUCUUUUAGGUGCCAACAAUAUUGUGGAUCUGGCAUCUGUUGAUUCACUAAAUUCUUUUCCAAGACUAACUGAUGUUAGGCUCUCUGAGAAUCCCAUUGCUGAUCCUGGACGAGGGGGAAUACCAAGAUUUGUUUUGAUUGCACGAUUGAAAAAAGUUGAAGUGUUUAAUGGAAGUGAGGUGAGCUGUCGUGAAAGAAAGGAGUCUGAAAUACGGUAUGUUCGCUUAGUUAUGGCGAAGCUGCAUGAGAAUCGUGUGGAGAUCAAACGCCAACAUCCCCGUUUCUAUGAGCUUAAAAGUUUGCAUGGUUUAGAAGAUGAAAGACCAUUCAAUGGAGCGACUGGCCCUCAAAAAAUGAGCUCUGGACUUCUGACCAUUAAUUUGAAGUGUGUUGGAGCAUCAAUGGGAGAGAAGCCACCAUUGGUUAAAAAGUUACCAGCCACAACUACCGUUGGCAAGCUGAAGAUUCUUUGUGAAACUUUCUUCAAGCUGAAGUCUGUCGAAUUAAAAUUGUUCCUGCAAGAAGAGGGUUCUCCUUUACCAACACUUCUUGAUAACGAAAUGGAAUCCUUGCUUGAUGUUGGAAUUGGCAACGACUCAACCAUUCUCGUUGAUGAAGAAUCAUAAAUUGUUGGUUCAACUUCACUCAGAAAAACUGAUGCACUGUUCAUUUCACAGAUUUUCUCGCUGCUAUAAAUGCUGAAGCAGUCGUGCUCGUUUAUACGAUGUAACGAACAUUAUUCACGUGGAUCAUUCCUGUUGACAUGAAGCCACAUGUAUACGGUGCGUUUAGCGAGUAGUGUCUGCUUGUUUGUACUCCUUUAUCUUCAGGACUAUGGCCAGGGAACUUGAUUCAGAGAUGUCCCUUAAAGAAGCCCUUGGCCUACUGUGAACAUAUGAAAUGUGUAAACCUAAAUUGGUAUAAUUGAACAUAGCAUCUGUAUGUGCAGCUCUUUUUAAGAUAAGUAGGAUUGUAAACUGCGUUUUAUCAUAAUGUUGUAAGUUUUGUACUAUGGUUAGACUUUGUGACAUGAUUCCCUUGGCCUCGUCGAUAAUCCAAUUGAGCCAAUUAUAAUACACAAGGUGGUUUAAAUAAUACAAUUAUUUACUUGUAA